AUAUUCUUCCAAUGCAACAAUACCGCAUAAGUGAAAAUAAAAAAACAGCAUCGAUGUACUAGAGUAAAAGGCAAACUGCGUGUGUCUCAUCGUAAUAUGACGUAAGUUUCAAUGUCAAGAGCACGUAAAUGGGUGAAGGUGAACAAGCAAGUGACUUUUCUCUUUCGCCAAGAGAUCAGACGACGCGAUCCAGUGCUUCCACAGCAGUACUGCUCUCGAGGUGCCUCGAAGAUCAAAAUAAAUUAACACAUACCGAGCGAUAAAGUCAAUGGAUAAAUCGCAAAUUAAUUAUUCUUUGUUAUAUAAAAAGAAUUUCGAAACAUUUAUUUGAACGUUAUACUCUUCCGUUAAAAAAAAUUUAUCGAAGAGUGAAGUUGAAGACUGAACUAACUUGAAGUAACGUGAAAUAAUAUAUAAUAAUAAUAAUAAAGUGCGAAGGAACAUGCCGCAUUUCUCAUAUCCUGAAGUCCUGGCGGAAGCGGCAGGUGUGAAGAUCGUGACAUCUCUUCCCACAGAAGAUGCGAAUUCAUUUCCGCCGGGGAAAAUGGUCCUUGAAAUGCGGAGAGUCUACGCGGAAUCAUAUAUGCACGGUAAAUCUUGCGGAUUUCACUUGACCAAGUCGAAGUGGGAUCCGUAUCCGUGGGUCGGCCACGUCGAGAAUAAUAGUCCUGCCGACUUAGCAGGAUUGAAAGCGGGCGAUUGUUUACUGGGCGUUGACGACACUGAUUUGUUAGGGCUGAAGAUCAAGGACGUCGCUACUUUAAUUCGUAACGAGGAAGGCGUGCGAGAUUCAAAUUUUCUCAUUUGGAGAUGUACGCAUCAAGAAGAGGAGCGGAACGAUAUUGGGCUGGCUCUGAAGGGUCCACUGCCGAAUGUAGCCAGAAAUCUUGCAAAUGCAUUAUCAGGAACGAUCCGCGCCUUGGAAUGUCCGAUUUGCUUGGAAAGCGCUGCGCCUCCGGUCUCGCAAUGUGUCCACGGCCACAUCCUGUGCGUCGUUUGCAGGCCGAAAACUACGCGUUGUCCGGUCUGCAGAGUCCGGCUUGGCCAGGGCCGAUGCCUUCUCGCGGAUAAAUUACAUAGAACACUUCGCGAUGCCUUUAACGUGGAUGAUGACAAGACACCCGUCACAACCGAACGUUGUAACUUACGUGAUCAAUUGUUCGGUAAAAGUAGCAAGAGGCAAGAGGCUGCGGCCGUAAACCGAUCAAAGAAUAACUGUGCCACGUUGAAACCGAGACAAUUCUUAUUAGCCAGACUGUUGCUCGGAGGCAGGGAGAAAGCUGCCUCCGUGGAUAAUCUAAUUCGAGUAUCCGAGUCGAAAGAAGCUGCGACGAUUCCUGAUGGAAUGACAGACGUUAACAGUCUACGCGUGCGACUAUCCUUGAACGAUCGCACCAAGUCAGCUAGUACCGGCGAACUGUCGAGGAGUAACGAAGCUCAUGAUUCUUCUUCGCAAAUUGUUGAAUCAUCCGCAAGGAAUGCCAGUCAACACUCGCUAAGUUUGCCCCAGACGCCGAUCUGGGGCGGCUCCACGGAUUCUGUGUCUUGCACACAAUUGGCAUGUCCGCUUUUACAAUCUUGCAGAGAAGUAGUGACGUCUGACUCACUGCUGGAACAUAUCAGGGCUCACGCGGUGCCGCAAGUUCAUUUCUAUUCUGGAAACGCAAGGCUGCCGCUUCCGCUUCCUUUCGGACGCGACGCCUUUUAUAUAUUUCACCAUGGAAGCAACAUGUUUUUCUUCCAGCACGAAGAGGAGACGGCAUGGAUGACGUAUCCCGCUAAAAAGACGUGUUCAAGCAGCAUAUGGGAGUGGACGUUGCACGCUUGGGGUGACAACGGUACAGAAAUACAAUUGCGACGACAUGUAGCGAGUCUCGAGGAUUCCGCAGCAUUGUCUUCGCAGCAUAUUGCCCCAUUGCCAAACGCAUUACUGUUGAAGAUCAUUGAAAUACAAAUAUCAGAAUACGGAGUACACGAUAGAUUGUACAUGUAAAGAAAAUAUGUAUAUCUAUGAUUUCUAACAAAUUCAUUAAUUUGUAACUAACGCGAAAACGUAAUUAUUAAAGCAAUAAUUACUAGAAUUUAUUAAAAAUCCAUUGUGAAAAAACUUACUGUGAACAAAAACGUGUAUAAGUGAACUUUACCGUUUUUUUUUAACAUAAAUAACACCAUAGAAAUACCUUAUACUUUAUAGAGCUGGAUCCGAGUACCUAAUAAUUUUUACAUAUACGUUUGUCAUUGAAAACGUUUAUCAUUGAUAUGACGAAUGAUAAUGUAUCGUAUUAAUACGAUAAUCACUGGAGGAGAAUGAGCAUUUAUUAUUUAAGAGGUACAGUUAUUUAUUUAAAAUCUUAAUUCAUAAACAUAUAACGAGUAACAUCAUGUAGCGUAUAACGUAUAACGAGAAAAUCUAGUUUUUGAAAAACUAAUGAACUUAUUGGUUAAGAUAUAAAAUAAUUAUCUUAUACGUAUUGCAAAAAUGCUGCUUACAGAGGAACAUACAAAACACAAAAGUCGAUGUCUGUCAAGAGCGCGUUUCUUAACACGAAAAGUAUUGUAGAGCCAAAGUACGUACUUCUUAUUUUGCUCUAUAUUGCAACAUUCAAUAUUGUAAUCAUCAAAAUUGGAAGAGAGAGAAAGGAUGCUUAUGCAUGGUUUCCUCGUUUGUUCCUUAAGACUUUCGUUAAAAUACUGUAAUUAAUGUAUUUUCGAACAUGCAGUAUAU